GCGUCACCGGCGAGAACCCGCAUGAGCAGCAAUGGCCGCCUUGAGUCGGCGGUGGCCCAGUCUCGACGAUUUUGUCGGAUUAAGCUGGAGCCGUUGGGCGGACGUGGUGGACGUGUUGCCACCUGACGGUGAGUCGCGCGCCCCUGCCCCAGGUGUGGUCUCCGUCACGUCAGUGUCCGCUGCCUCUAAAGUUGAAGACAGCAGCAAGUGUGCGAGGGACCGAUGUGAGACCAUGACCCUCAGGAAAGAAGACAUGCACAUAUUAGGCCACUGCCCGGCACAUGAUGAUUUUUAUUUGGUGGUGUGCGGCCACUGUGGCCAGGUGGUGAAGCCCGGGGCCUUUGAGAAACACUGUGCGAGGCGCCAUGGUCCGCUGACAAAGAUGUGUGGCCAGUCAUCUACUUUGGCUUCACAGCAGCGGCCCCGUCCCGGCCAGCCUCCUUCAAACCUGUCCUCCUUUCGAGACGGGCGGAGAGAGGGCAGACACCGAGAGGAUCGUGCCCCAUCCUCGGCAGCGUUGCCUGUCCAACAUCACAGGCCUAGUAAGGCCCAGAGGGAGGCAGUGAGUUUGCCUCCAGUGGCGAAGUUCCCUCAGGAGAACGCUCCCCUCCAGCCCCACCCCUUGCCCAUGCCUCGCCCCAGGGUCCCUCCAUUGCACUCAGGACCUCUGCCCCCUGGCCUCUGUUCCUCCUCCACUCCUCCCCCAGAAAGACCCCCAGUGCAGAAGUCCACAGCUGGACAGUCCAGUGAGUCUCACAGUCCUCUGCGGGCAACAAGAACCUACAGUCGGAUUUACAAAAACAUAGACAAGAAAGAAUGUGACCUGAAUAAAAACUGCAGAAAUCUGGGUCCAGAGAGGAAGAAGCCGGGCAGCCCAAUGCUAAUAUGCAAUACUGAUUCCAUCCACCAGCAGCCGAAAGCACUGGGAAGGGCUAGGACUUUUGAUCAGUUGGCAGGGGAGCAGAGAGUCGCCCCUGCAGGUCGAGAUGUGGAACAGGUCCAUGUCAAAUUAAAAGACAAAGAGCAACAUUUAGAAUCUUGUGAGGAGAAAUUAACUCAGGGCAGUAGAUGCAACUGCAACAGCAACUGCCACAUGCUUGGCAGGUCUGGGGAUCCACAAGAGGAAGGCGACAGCACUGCGGAAGUGGAGGUACAGCCUCCGUACCCCUUCAACCAGAGCCUGUUGUCAAGUAAGGAGAGUGAAGAUGAUGAGCAGGAGGAAGGAGCCGAACUGCCUGCCUCAGCCUGGCACCCCAAACCUCUUGGACUGUGCACUUUUGGAUGCCGUGCAUUGGGUUGCAGCAUCUUCGCCUUUGACCGCCGUUUGCAUCACCUGCGGUUUGCCCUCAGUACCAUGUUGGAGCGCCAUGUCAACACACACUUGUGGAAGAAAAUGCCUCAAGUAUCAUCAGCUCUCAGGACUUGUCAUGUCACACCACCAACUCUCAGGACGGCAGCGAGACCCCUCCAGUCUACGGGCUCCCUCAGCCUUGAGUCUACCUCACUGGGACAACUGGAAACCAAAAGCAGUCAGCACAACUCUCAGAGUACCAAACCGCCUUCCUCCACCUCCUCUGCGCCCCUUGGGCCUGGCCGAUGGCGCAGCCCUGUCGGACGUUCCAGCAAGGCUCAGCUAAAGGAGGCGGUUCUUAUGCAAGAUGCAAGCGCGGCGCAGAAAGCUACCACGCUGCCGCACAGAAGUGAGGACAAAUCCUCCAGACGCAUCAUGGAUCCCACCCUCCAUGAGAAGGGUCAGCCACGCAACCCCCCCUGUCCAGGAGAAGCCAGUGGUACCUUGUCACACGAAAAGAACUCAUGUCCUCCUCUGCCGCUGCAGCCCUCAGAGAGACACUUGUCAGGUUUGGAGAAGCGCUCACCAUUACCAGCAGCGGACCGCUCCCCCCGCAACAGAGGGAGGGGCCCGGCUAUUCAGCAGAAGGUGAUGGGUUAUGAUCACAAGGGUUGUGGCCAAAAGCGCAAAGGAAACACUGAGUCACCACCCCUCACGUCCGCACUGUCCAGAACCUCCAAGUGUAAGCGCUUGUCCUCUCCUUCCAACUCCAGCCUCUUCACCUGGAAGUAAGUGUGUGUGUGUUUGUGUCCACAUCUAUUUAUGUCCUCACAUUUUUAUGCACAGAAAUCAGGAAUAAGUGUAAAUCAUGUAUAUUACUGUAUGCUUGUUUUUGCUAAAAUAAUUUUCUACAUGACUUAAUGUCUUUGUUAAUUACUUGUCUGAGAUCAAAAAAAAAAUACCUCAAAAUACACAUUUUGCUGCUAAAAUGAAAUGUCAUUCAUGGUGAAACACAUUAAAAAAAUCAUUGUAGUCCUGCAUGUCUUUAUGUUUGUUAUAUUGCAGUGGUUCUACACUGAUGGAGCAUUAAAGUUUCAGUCAGUUGAGUGAA